AUGGAUGAGAAAAAGAAGGACGAAUUUACAGUCGAGAUGGAAGUAAAAAUGCUUAUGCCUCUAAUAUGGGAUUCACCGGCGAUAUGUAAAAUUCAGGAUCUCAAGGAAGCGCAGUACGAAGAAGUUCUGCGCCUGAUAAAACAUCAUUAUUUCAAAGAGGAACCAAUGUGCAAGGCGGCUUUCUUGCUACAGAAUCAGGAAUCUGUCAAUGCGUAUUUAAAUCUUAUAAGGACAUGGAUAAAGGACACCACCAGUUUGGUCGCACUCAGUUUAGCAUCAGGGCGUGUCAUUGGAAUUGCUGUUACGCGAAUAAGUAGCGACUUGGAUAAAACCGACACGUAUAAUCGAGUACAAAAUUUCGAGGGAAAUUCGCUAAAGAAAAUCAUGUAUUUGAUCAACACUUUAAUAAAGCAGACGAACGCAUACAAGGAGCUCGAGUGCAACAUGUAUUUUCGAGUUCAUAUCCUCUGCGUUCAUCCGUCUUAUCAACAAAAGGGUGUCGGCAUGGCUCUUUUAAAAACUUGCAUUGAUGUUGCACCUACGCUUGACAUGCCAGCAAUCGGUGGCGUUUUUACGUCAGGUCUCAGUCAAUCAUUAGCACUGAAAUUAGGAUUUCGUCUCGUCUCAGAAAUUCGCUACAGUCGAUGGGUCGUCGACAAUCAAAUCGUAUUCGAUGAUCCCGGCAAAGGAAAUUAUUCAGCCGCUUUUAUGGGAAUGCAAAUACCUUUUCAAAAAUCAAUUAGUAAAUUAUAG